AUUUCGGGCCUUUCGGGGUCAGCCGCGUGGCAUGAAAACCACACUUCCCAGCAUGCUUUGGCAUCCGGCUUGCCCUUUCCCUCCCUGAACGGAGCAGCGCGUUGCAUUCUGGAGCUCGUAGUCCUUUCGAGGGAAGCUGGCUGGGGCUCAAGGGGAAGGUGACUGGGAUCGGCUGCCCUGAGGAGAGAGUUGAUGCAAUGGCCGUGUCAGUUGUUUCUCUUCGGUCCGGUUAUUUCUGAAUCAGGAGGAGGAGCGGGGGAAAGCCUCGGCAAGAUGGCGGCGCCCAUGUCGCCCUUGGUUACUGGGCGCUGCCUUCUAAGGGCUGCCGCUCGACGUGCUGUCCUCCUGCUCUCCAGGUGGGCUGAGGCUGGCGCCCUGCGGAAAGUUUACACAGUUCAGGCAGCUGAGAAAACUUCCAGUAGCAGUCUAUCAGAUGCUAAUUCCAAAGCUUUGUUGGUUUGCAAUGGACCUUUAGAACAUUAUGAGUUUCUGAUCAAGACAAAGGAGCUGAGGAAUGACGAGCAGCAACUAAAAGUUAUACAAUGCCUGCAGAAACUACAUGAAAAUCUUAAAGGCUACAGUAUUGGCUCAAAACACAUCUUAUCAAAGUUGUUUACAAGACACAAACCUCCAAAAGGCCUUUAUGUGUAUGGAGAUGUUGGCACAGGAAAGACAAUGGUGAUGGACAUAUUUUAUUCUCAUAUAGAAGUAGAAAGGAAAAAGAGAGUACAUUUUCAUGGCUUCAUGCUAGAUGUGCACAAAAGAAUACAUCGCCUUAAGCAGAACUUACCAAAAAGGAAAGCUGGAUUGAUGGCAAAAUCAUAUGAUCCAAUUGCCCCUAUAGCUGCCGAAAUAAGUGAGGAGGCUUGUCUCUUGUGUUUUGAUGAAUUUCAAGUCACAGACAUUGCUGAUGCCAUGAUUCUCAAGCAGCUUUUUGAAAACCUGUUCCAAAAUGGUGUUGUCGUUGUGGCAACAUCGAACAGGCCACCAGAAGACCUCUAUAAAAAUGGGCUCCAGAGAGUAAACUUUGUGCCAUUCAUUGCUGUAUUGAAGAAUUAUUGCAGCACCAUCCAACUAGAUUCUGGAAUAGACUACAGGAAACAAGCCCUUCCGGCAGCAGGGAAGGUUUACUACCUCACAAGUGAAGCUGAUGUGGAGGCUGUCAUGGAUAAGUUGUUUGAUGAGCUGGCUCAAAAACAAAAUGAUUUAACUAGACCAAGGAUUUUAAAAGUACAAGGCAGAGGGCUGAGAGUGAAUAAAGCGUGUGGAACCAUUGCAGACUUCACAUUUGAAGAGCUGUGUGACAGACCACUUGGAGCCAGUGAUUAUUUGGAAAUAGCCAACAAUUUUGACCUAGUCUUCAUUCAUUACAUACCUCUCUUUACAAUGGCAAAAAGGACCCAAGCUCGACGCUUCAUUACGCUCAUUGAUGCUUUUUAUGACAAAAAGAAAGAUGUCCUUGAGGAAAACAAACAGCACUUACAGAGGCAGGGGAGAGCAGCAGACAUCAUCCUCCCCCCUCCCGUGCCCUGUAUGCUCUGCUGCUUGACAAGACUCUGGCUGAGUGAAGAGCAGCCUCACUAUGCAGAGCUAUGUCCCCAGAUUGCUGCUCUGAAGGUGCGUAUUAUUUGCUCUGCAUCAGCUCCACUCCAUAGCAUGUUUCUUCAAGAACACCAUGACAGUGGUCUGGAUGAAAGCAGGAUACUGAUGGAUGAUCUGGGGUUGAGCCAAAACUCUGCUGAAGCACUUUCUAUGUUUACGGGAGAAGAGGAGAUUUUUGCUUUUCAGCGCACCAUCUCUCGCCUCACCGAAAUGCAGACCGAGCAGUACUGGAAUGAUGGGGACAGGAGCAGGAAACCCUUGUAAUUGGAAAGCUAGCAAAUAGUUAUUAUAAAGAUGGGAAGUUUUAACAAGAUCAUAAUUUAUUUUUAAGAGAAGCAUCAGGCAGUAUUGCACUUUACCCCUCGAACUAUUUGCAUUUUUUGAUGUUAAUGAUUAAAGGUUUAUGGACCGGCA